AUGUUAAUCAAAUCCUUUUUGUCUUUCCCUCUCUCUCCAAUUUCUCCAUUAUAUUUUUCUCCUAUUACCUCCACUACUUCUUAUUCUCUUCUUUGUCUUCCUCCCCCUACCAUUUUGACUCCUCCUUUUAUCAUCUUCACUUUCUUUCCUUCUCACUUAUUUUUUCAUUUUAAAAUUACCCCUCUUUACGAGUCUGACAUUUUCUUUUUCUCCCUAUUAUUUUACAUUCUUUCUCAUUUCCCUUGUUUUCAGUCUACCCAGUAUUAUUCGCGUACACGUCUCCCCGACCUCUUUUCUUUUGCAUCUCUUUUUUUUUUUAAAAAUCAGUCUUAUCCCCACUCCCUCUCUCUUUCUUACCUUAUACUCUCUUUUUCUAUUUCACUCUCUAUGUCACGACCCGAUGUAAACAGUGUUUUUUGGUCGACGCCUUUCUCGAAAGGUCAAAAUUGCAUAAACAAAAUCUAUCUAUCUAUCUAUCUAUCUAUCUAUCUAUCUAUCUAUCUAUCCCAGUCAAUUAAUAUAGAUAACAGUUCAAAGCUUAAUUUAAAACUUGGACAAUUUUCUGUUACACCCGGUGUGUGUGUUUGUGUGUGUUUAUAUAUAAUUCGGUUCAUAUCUAUCUAUCUAUCUAUCUAUCUAUCUAUCUAUCUAUCUAUCUAUCCCAGUCAGUUAAUAUCUGUCACUUUCCACUAUCCAUCUAUCUAUCUAUCUAUCUAUCUAUCUAUCUAUCUAUAA